CCCCGCCCUACUCAGCGGUCCUCAGCCUGCUCCCUCCUUCACCUCCUCCCUCGCCCGCAGCCGAGCGUCCCCUCCCCCCACCCGUCGGGCUCCUCGGCGGCUACUGCAGAGGAUUCAGAGCCGAGUCGCUGAGGAGGAGGAGGCUCCGGUCCCUGCGCGCCAUCCGCCACCUUACUGGACACGGGCAAAGGAGCGAGAGCGUCGCAGCUGUAGCCUCUACAGAAGACAAGGGCAUCGCCGCCUCAGCCAUCGCCGCCGCCGUUUUCGCCUGCAGCCGCUCGCCGGAUCCUCAGUCUUCCACAAUGAACCCUGUUUACAGCCCCGUGCAGCCUGGGGCUCCUUAUGGCAACCCUAAGAACAUGGCCUACACGGGUUACCCCACAGCCUACCCAGCAGCGGCCCCUGCCUACAAUCCCAGCCUGUACCCUACCAAUAGCCCCAGUUAUGCUCCAGAGUUUCAGUUCCUGCAUUCAGCUUAUGCAACUCUGCUGAUGAAACAGGCCUGGCCACAGAACUCGUCCUCCUGUGGCACUGAAGGCACCUUCCACCUCCCAGUGGACACCGGGACCGAGAACCGAACUUACCAAGCAUCCUCUGCGGCUUUCAGAUAUACUGCAGGGACACCAUAUAAAGUCCCACCGACCCAGAGUAAUACUGCUCCGCCCCCCUACUCCCCAUCACCCAACCCCUAUCAGACGGCCAUGUAUCCAAUCAGAAGUGCCUACCCCCAGCAGAAUCUGUAUGCCCAGGGAGCCUACUACACACAGCCGGUGUAUGCUGCCCAGCCCCAUGUCAUCCACCACACCACGGUUGUCCAGCCCAACAGCAUUCCCUCCGCCAUCUACCCAGCUCCUGUUGCUGCUCCCAGGACUAAUGGUGUGGCCAUGGGCAUGGUGGCAGGCACCACCAUGGCAAUGUCCGCAGGUACGCUGCUGACGACACCCCAGCACACUGCAAUUGGGGCACACCCGGUCUCCAUGCCAACAUACAGGGCCCAAGGAACCCCUGCGUACAGCUACGUGCCCCCGCACUGGUAAAGCCUGCAGCCCAUCCAAAUCUGGAGUCACACAUUGUAUGCAACUACUCAAGUCUUACACCGGUGCUGGAGCAGUUCCCUAGCAGCACCGCCUCUAUUUGCAAGAAAAGACAACAGAAGUGCAAGGGUCACUUUAUGCAUCUUUAAUGGUUUUGGUUUUUAUUUUUGGUUUUUGUAAAAGCUGCUUUUUCUAAUCUCCUGCCUCUCUCCCACUGUACCCCUCUUAGCCACUGCCCUUCUCAGUCUGUUCCCUCCUCCUGCCUGACCAGGCCACAUCCCCUCUGCUCUUCUUUUCCUCCCUAAGUAUCCUGUCCCCAGGGAUCCCAGUCUAGUGGCGAGCAGAGAGUGGGGUUUAUUGCAGUGGUUCAGCUGAAGUCUGUUUCAUGUGAAGAACAUAAGGAGAUGUGGUCCUCGGGUCUAGGCUAGGAACUCAGAGCUGUUGAGCAGGCCACAUCUCUGGGGACUUGUUCUUUUUUUGUUUGUUUGUUUUUUCUUAAGCAAGAUUAAUUCAGGACAUUACUAUGUCCUGACACAAAUGAAAUGUUUUCUGAAAACCAUUGCAACAGACCAAGAACAAAACCACCUGUUUAUGUAGGAGUGGUAUUAGCAGCUUAAUACCCCAGGCUGAGAACCUGGGGAAAUCAGUUUUUCUUUAGGAGAAUUUGGGGGAGGGUGGAAGGGAGGGAGGGCACUGUUGGGAAGGAGAGGGAAGAAGGGGAGAGAUGCUUCCCUGAUAGCUUUGGUUUGAAAUAAGGUCUAUGGCCAAAUUGUGUGGGCCUGGACCUUCUGAUUUGCACAGUGGUGUUAACUGACCUGGCACUUCCUAAAAAGGUGAUUUUGGUCUCAGACCUGCCAAGUAGCUGCAGGGUGAUGAGAUCCCAGCAUUCUGAGGCAUUGGAAGGCCAGGUGCCCUGUGUAAUUCAGACCUUGGUCUCUGAUCUAUAAUGAACCCACUCUGAUGAGGAGCUUUCUCCUCAUUAGAGUGGGAACCUAGGGCAUUUCUCUCCCUCUCCCUUCUGCCCUUCCCAGUGCCAAGGCUCACCUGUCUGUCUGUAGGGCUGGCAGGCAGGCCAAGCUUUUGGUUACCUUGUGCCACUCUGGCCAAAGUGAAGAAACCACAUUCCAGGUGGGUGCAGGAGGCUCUGAAGGUCAGGAUAUUGAAGGAAAAGUAAUAGCAAUAAACAUUUCAUAGACUCAUGGAACUGAAGGGACCUUAGCAAUCAUCUCAUCCAUUCCUCCAUUUGACAGAGGAAACUGAGGUCCAGAGAAGAGGAAAGGACUUCCCAGACCUCACAGUAAAUUAGCAUUAAAUGCAGCCUUCCUACCUAGUGGCAUGUUGCCUAUAAAAAUUUACCUAGGGAUGGAUUGGCUUGGUUUUGUAAAAAUUAAGUCAACAGCGCCCACACCUGGUGAGGUUUGGACAGUCUCUGGACUCUUGUUUCUGCUCUAUUCCUCCAUGGACUCCAAAGGCAGGGGCAGAGGCCACAUGGGGGCAGAUGGCAGGAACAGAAAUUGCAAAUGAAGAAAUAGCAUUUGGAAAUUCUGUGAAGACAUCUGGAACUUUCGUCCUGUGCUUGACUUCACCUCUAAAAAAAGGAGCAGGUGGGCUGGCCAAAAAAGGAGAGGCCAUGCUUUUAGAACAGUAUCCCCUCAUCUUGAGAGGAGAGGAAGAGAAGGACGAGAGUGGGAGUCGCCAGGAGAGGAGGACAAGGAUGAGGCCCAGGAGACAUAGGCUCAUCUGGGAGAAGAGGGACCCCUGGGACAAGGAGGCCCCUGCUAGUCUCAGCAAGGAGCCUGGAUUGCCCAACACCUGCACCCAAUACCUGGCUGGGCCAGCAGUCCCUCUGGGCAUAGGGCAGGAAUAUUUUACUGUACAAAAUGAGAUCAUUGACAACAUUUGGGACUUUUAAAUAAUUAUUUUCAUUUUAAAUUCAUGCAAACUUGGACACACCCUUCCCUCUGCUUCCCAUGCUCUCCCUAAAGGAGAAAAAAAAAAAAAUCAGGAAGCCCUUGGGCUGGAAGGACCUCAGAAGCUCUCCAGCCAUUCCAAGAGGGCAAAGCACAUCAGCAUCCUUGUCCCAGAGCCAGGAGUUUGGGAGCCCACCUUCCUGGGCUUUCAGGAGACUUCAGGACCAGUAAGAAAAAAUCCAGCUGUUCUAAAUGAUCUGUUCUGGGGUGCAGAUGAGGUUGCAUUUUAAAACCACAAAGUUUUCCAGUAUUAAUCCAUUUUUUGCAAAUACCUCCUCCUACCCUCUUUGGUUUUGUAAAGGUGGGUGAAGGUUGUUCUAGAUCAUGUUGUACGUGUUUGAAAAAUGCCAAAAUAAUAAUAAUAAUGAUAAUAAUAAUAAUAGGAAACUUUGCAUUUGUCAGGUGUGUCAUAGAUUUCAAAGCACUUCACAGCCUUUAAUUUAUAGACCCUGAGAGACAGGGUUAGGGUUAACAUAUUACACCCAAUUGACAAAUGAGGAAAACAGGUUAUAGAAGGAAAGGGAACAGGCCCCCAUUGAGCAGAAUGCUGGUGUUCUGACAGGCUUCCCGGGAUCCUGCUGCCUCCAGAUGGGCUGGGGUGGCAUCACAAAGAGGAAGAAAGAAAAGGAAGAGACCUAGGGAUGACCUGGCAACUUUCAUUCUUUCUACACCAGUAAGUAAAACUAACAUGUGGACCCAUAGUUCACAGAGCAGUGUAAAAUAGAUCAUCUGUUUAACUCUAUAAAAUAGAGAUUAUUCCUCCCAUUUGAUCCAUGAAGAAACCAAGGCUUAGAAAAGUGACUUGCUACUAGUAAGUGACAGAGCUACUUGAAUCCCAUGCUGUCAACUUUCUCUUUCCCCUCCAGUCUGAUGCCACAUAGGCUCAUGUACUGAGGCAUUUGUACUCUGCCUGUCUUCGCCCCUACUAUUUAAUUCAAGAGCAAAAGGGGUUCUCAAGGUGAAAAUAAGGCACUGAAAGGCUGUGGUCUGGAACAGCACCCCCUUUUCAGUAUGAGCACCAGAGCCUCAGUUCAGUUGGCCUCACCCUCUUGCUUUGAUGGAGAUCCACAAGCCUGGCCAAGCUUGGUGAGUCACUGCAAAGGGACUGAGACCAGGGGUAGUCAAGUAUGUCUGGUAGCCUGAGCACAGCUUUUAGUAAAAUCACAGGCAUCUGGUGGGAGGUACCAUAGAUAUACUCCAGAGAUUCUGGAUGACCCAGUGGUCAAGCUGGAUGGAAGAUCAGCUCAGGAAGGGCACUCUCACUGUAGGAAGGCAGCAGCCAGAGUGGACAGGGGAUGUGUUUAUGUGAUACAGUGAACUAUAGCACUGGCACCAGCACGCAAGCCCCUAUCUCCUACCCACCUUCUCCCCAGGUGCAACACUGUGGUGGGCAGGGUCAGAGUGUAGGUGGUUCUAGAUACCAGUCAACCCUCCUGGCUUUUCCCACUUCUUUCUGACUCCCUCUACUCACUAGCCUGGGACCUAAGAAUUUUGAAUCUAGAGGCUGGAUUGCCCCCAGAUAGUGAAAGCCUGAAAUAAAAUCUUUUGCCACAUUUUGAGAAAUACAUAUAUUUAAUUUCUUCCCCAUGAGAUAAAACCGUAUUGUUCCCUCUCUUUCUUACCUGGCAAUGACCCCGAAAUAAAUAUCCCCUUCCCUGAAUAUUUAGCAGGGGCACACAACACCUGUCCAAAGCAAAGUACUUUGACAUGGAUUGCCAAAAUCCUAAUUUCACAGAUGGAAAACCAGGCUCAGAAAGCUUAAGAAACUUGGUCAGUGGUCACACAGCUAAUUAGGGAAAGAGCCAAAUUCGAACUCUUCAGGUCUGCUCUUUCUGCUGUCACCUGUUGGGUCUCUGAGUGGCAAGCAUUAAAGGAAGGGCUGCCUGUCUCUCUCCAAAUAAAAGAAGACUCUGCGAAGACCUGGGAAGCUGAGUCCUCUCAGCUGAGCAGAUUUUUAUGAAUUGUUGCUUUGGACCAGGGCCUCUGAUGGGCCCUGUGGACCCAGAGGCAAGUCCCACUGGAGGCACAUGGAAAUGAAAAUCUGCAACAAAAGGCCCAGCUUGAACAAAACACUUUGGGGUUAGAAUGCCCAGGAUGCUCAGGACAUGACCAGGGACAGCACCAAGCAUCUUUCUAUUGAAAGACUCAUGUUCCUAAAACAAACAAACAAAAAGACCCAUGUUCCUGGGAAGCCUGCACAUCCUGGCUUUCUGACUCUUCAGAUUCUGCCACUGCCCAGUGAGUUGGAAGGUUCCUCACAGGAACCUGGCAUAGCCCCAAAAGGCCUUAAGUAUAUCGAUUGAAGGCCUUGGGCUUAUUUUUCCCAUGAGUUAGAACCAGGACUUAGGGAAACUAAGCAUGUAGGCUUCAUGCAUACUAAUCCUUACCCUCAGCCACCUAAAUUGUUCCAAAUUCCAGGUAUCCCACUCCAAGAGAUCUGGUAUACUCAUUUGGAGGUCUUGCUUUGUUCUGAACCAAAUGGCUUUCAGAAAUAAAUCAUUAACACAAAAGUAGGACAGGCCCCUUGGUCAGUGGGUUCUAGCAUCUUCAUUCUUGACUCUGCUCUGUGGCCAAAGGGGAUAGACCCUGCUCUGGGCCCUGCGAUCUUCAUCACAGCAUUGGAUCAGUCAUUCCUGUAUCACCAUGGCAUUCCUCCUCAAUUGCACUUGAGUGAAAAUACGCAGAAGCUCUGCUUUCCCAGCCUACUUGAGGAUCAGGAGAGGGGCAGGCUGAACAGUGGGCAUGGGCAACUGGGAAGCAGGCUUCAUGCCAGUGUGCACACCUGAGCCUGUGGGAGCUGCAUGCAGAUUUGUCCUUUACUUGUCCAAGUACAUCUGUCCUAGAAAACUCCUUAUUUCUGAACUUAGGCAUUGAGGGCCCAGCCUUCAAAAUUCCUGACAGGCCAACUUCAACAUUCCACGGCCAACCUUGUUUGAGCCAGACUUAGGUCCCAAUCCCUCAGUUUCUUCAGUGGGUAUUUUCUAUCUUGCAUGCCUUUGAGUGCAACCCAAAGGCCAACUGAGGAACCCAACAGUUGGGAGUGGCUGCCACAAAGCCAGAAAGGGAAAUGAUAGCACUUGCUUCCCUAAUGGCUACAUCAGUAGUCUCUCAAUAUCCUUGCCAUGGCAGUGAGCCCCGUGCCCAUUUCAGCCUGAUAGAGGGGGGAUUUUCCUUCUUCAAGAGAACUGACAUAACAGCUUUGCAGAUAAAUACCAGCCCACAGGAAUCAGCUGGGUGAAAUCAGCUUUGGGCCUGACCCCAGCAAGACCAGCAUCUCCAAGCUCCAGCCUUCCUCCUCAGGCCUAAGAGUGUCAGGGAAAGAAUGGGACUGGCCAGAAGCCUUCUCCUGGGGUCAGCCAGAUUGUCUGCAUGUGGUGUGACUCAAGCUCCUGGUUACCCAAGGGUAGGUAAGGCUAGGCCUCUAGCAACUUGGAAUGAUCAUUAAAGGCCCAAGAGCCUAUCCCCAUUCUAAUUUCAAGCAUCUGCAUCCCUGUUUCAUAUCACAUAACAGAGAAACCUGUUUUCAUAGCAUGUAACAUCCCUGUGAAGAAAGCGUUGUAUAUGAUUUUGUAUUUUUUAAUUCAUUUUAAUCUACAGGUUGGAAUCUAAUUUUUAAAUUUUAUUGGAACUCACAUUUUAAAAAGAAAUAAACAUUUAAAAUAAUAAUAAUAACAAUAAUAAACCUUUGACCGGUGUCUUCCAA